UUUAAAAGUAGUAAUUGCUCCAGGAUCAACUAGUCCGGAUUUAAAAUGAUUAUUGUGAAAUAAUAAUCGCUAAUUAUAUAUUAAUUCCGAGCUGUUUUUGUUCAGUGGUACAUGCGAAACAAGUUCGAAUCUAUCAAGAUGAGAGUAGCGUACUUGCCAAUUAUUUUUCUUGUAUCUGCAAUGGGAGUUGUUAUUUCUCAAGGAAGAGAAUCGAUCUGCGCUGAUGUAGUCUUUGCUCUGGAGACAUCGUGUAGCAUCGACGACGAAACCAAAGCCCUUGCCAAAGUUUUCAUCUACGACUUUGUGACAACGUUUGAUUCUGUUAAACAACAAAAUGUGAGUAAUGUCGCCACCCAAUUCGGGUUGUUAGCGUACGAUGCCACAUCACGCAUUGUGUUUACAUUCAGUGACGCUCUAUCCAAACAGGAAAUUCUGCAAAAGAUUGACACUUUUAAGAUGGAAACAAUUAAAUGUAGAACAAAUACUCAUAACGCCAUUAACAUGGCAAGAGGUGAUUUCUUUGAGUCAGCAAUGAACGACGGACGCACUCCCGAUGUGCUCGUUAUUUUAACAGAUGGACGCACACAACCACAAAAGCAUAUUCAAAAAACUACGGACGCUGUCCAAAAAUUGCGGGAAACAGUACGAACUAUCGUUAUUGAGUUACCACACAGGAAGGGACUUGAAUCGUUACCAGAUACAAUUGAGCAAUUAAAUACACUGGCUGAUGCUGAAGAUCGCUUUAAACUUGAUAAAGACUCAUACAUAAAGGAACUUGCGAUUGAGGUGUUUGAUCAUUUGUUAGAAAAAAGCGAAUUUGUUUGCCCACCAGCUUACCCAGCGCAUCCAUGUCACGAGAAGUGCCAGUAUACACCUCCGCCCCCAAAAACAGUACAGCCGGGACUACGACGGUUUAGCCGAGUCAAUGCAAUGCUUGAUUGCACCUAUGAAGACAAUUGUGACAUCCAGUUCCUCAAAGAUUUUGCAGCUGAACUUGACCUACAACCUAAAUGCAAAAUGUAUUACCCUUUAAAGGCAGUUGCAGAGAAUCGUUUAUAUGUUAUAUAUGGAUGUGAAAGUGAAGGAUAUCUACAGAAAGCUUUGUUAACAAAGGAUUCGCGCUUCAAAUGUCAAGUACAACCAAUAAUGGACUAUCAUGACUUUGCAAUACUUACUCUUGGUCUCAAUGUGUCCCAAGAAAUGACAGAUGCUAUUAUGCCAAGAGCUUCACUAAAGUGUGAACAUCUGAUCGCUGUAUUUCGCGAGAUUGAAUACCCGCCAGGAAAGACCUUUGAGGAAAUCAUGACUGCCUGGAAGGAACAUGCGCGUGAUUUGUUCUUGUCUCAUGCUGGUUUCACCUGA